GUCCGAGAGUUUUGUCGCGGCGAGUGCAGCGCGGGAGUUUCCGUCUCUCGUCCGAGUGGAUGUUGGUGCUGUUUUGCAUUAAUUGUCAUUUUUAAAAAACGUUUUAAAGGUGAACGUCGGUCUUGAGGGAACAUGCAGCGCAGCAUCGCUUCAUUUUUCCAGCCCAAAACCAAGGACAAGGCUACUCCCAAGAAAGUCAGCGAUGAGCCCAUUAAGAAGCCGGCGAAGAGUCCUCUGAAGGUUCAGAACGGCGUCCAGGAAGUGGACUCGCCCAUCAAGAAGGUGCCCAAGCGCAGCCGGCAGAUCCUGGACAGUGAUGAAGAGGAAGCUCCGGCCGUGAAGGAGCAGGUGACCACCAAGAGCAAAGAGAUCGACGAGGUCAGCGAUAAGAAAGUGAAGGACGAUGCGUUCAAGGCCGUCCCCACCCCGCUCUCUCCUCCACCCGCCCCGGCCACGCCCGUCACCCCGGCUACUCCGGCCACGCCGGCCUCCUCCGCCUCUCCAGGAACUCCGAGCACGCCCAGCUCCAUCUCCCCCUCCGGAAUCGUCAAACGCAAGACGGCUAGAAAGAUGUUUCCGAAGAGGAAGCUGGAUGAGAGCCGGAGUGACAGUGAGGUCCAGAAGGAAGAGUCCAACACCACACCUGUGCCGACUCGGCAAAGCAAGCGGGCGCGCGUGGAGAGUGGCGGCAAGAGUCCAGCCAAACAAGUGAAAGAAGAAAGCAGCGAAAAGCCUUUGACCGAGACCACCGGUCCAGAUGAGGAGAUGGAGAACAAAGAGGAGGAGCAGCGGGCGGAGAGCAAGAGCCCUGAUGAAAGCCCAAAGAAAGCUGAGGAGGCUGGAACUAGAAAGGCACCAAAAGACGAGACAGAUGAAGAGAAAGAGGGUGACGAGCGCCGACGGAGUCCCAAAAGUCAAACGCCAGACAAGCAAAGUGAAGCCAAAGAGAAGAAAGCUGCUCUCAGCUCUUUCUUUGCCCCCAGAAAAGCGGCGGUGAAGACGGAGAAACCCGACGCAGGUGAAGCAGACAAAAAGAGGAAGUCGUCGACCGAGGACGAUAAAAGCUCCAGAGGUGAGUCGACGUCAGGACAGACGGAGUACAACCCGUCCAGGCCCAACUAUCACCCGGUGGAUCACGCCUGCUGGAAGGAAGGACAGAAAGUGCCGUACUUGGCGGUGGCCCGAACCUUUGAGAAGAUCGAGGAAGACUCUGGCAGACUGAGGAACAUUGAGACGCUGUCCAACCUGUUCCGCUCGGUGCUGCUGCUCUCUCCAGACGACCUGCUGUGCUGCGUCUACCUGUGUUUGAACCAGCUGGGUCCCGCCUACCUGGGGAUGGAGCUUGGCGUCGGCGAGACUGUGCUGAUGAAGGCUGUAGCACAAGCCACCGGGCGACAGCUGGACAAAAUCAAGGCGGAGGCUCAGGAGAAAGGGGAUUUGGGUCUGGUGGCGGAGAGCUCCCGUAGCAACCAGCGCAUGAUGUUCCAGCCGGCCAGCCUGACAGCGGGGGGCGUGUUCAAGAAAUUGAAGGAGAUCGCCAGCAUGAGCGGGAACUCGGCCAUGAAUAAGAAAAUCGACAUCAUCAAAGGCCUCUUUGUGGCGUGCCGCUUCUCUGAGGCCCGCUAUAUCGUCAGGUCCCUGGCUGGUAAAUUGAGGAUUGGUCUGGCUGAGCAGAGUGUCCUGUCCGCGUUGAGCCAAGCUGUGUGUCUGACGCCUCCCAAACAAGGAUCCUCUCCUGCUGUGAUCGACGCAGGGAAGGGGAUGAGCGCUGAGAGCAAGCGAACGUGGAUCGAAGAGAAGAGUCUCAUUCUCAAACAGACUUACUGUGAAAUGCCCAAUUUUGACAUCCUGAUCCCAGUUCUCCUUAAAGAAGGCAUCGACCAGCUGCCCGUCCACUGCAAGCUCACUCCAGGUGUGCCCCUCAGACCCAUGCUGGCUCACCCCACUAAGGGAGUCGGGGAGGUGAUGAAAAAGUUUGACGAAGCAGCUUUCACCUGCGAGUACAAAUAUGAUGGAGAGCGUGCACAGAUCCACAUCCUGGAGAGCGGCGAGGUGAAAGUGUUCAGCCGAAACCAGGAAGACAACACCAGCAAAUACCCCGACAUCAUCUCCCGCAUUCCCCAGGUGAAGAAGGACUCGGUAGUGUCCUGCGUCCUGGACUCGGAGGCCGUCGCCUGGGAUCGGGAGAAGAAACAGAUCCAGCCCUUCCAGGUCCUCACCACGCGCAAGAGAAAGGAUGUGGAUGCCUCGGAGAUCAAAGUUCAAGUGUGCGUGUAUGCGUUCGACCUGCUCUAUCUCAACGGAGAGUCUUUGGUGCGGCAGCCGCUGAGUCGCCGCCGCGAGCUUCUGAAGGAGAGCUUCACCGAGGUGGAGGGGGAGUUUGUGUUCGCACGAUCCAUCGACUCCGACAACACUGACACCAUCGCAGAGUUCCUGGAGCAGUCGGUCCGAGACUCGUGCGAGGGCUUGAUGGUGAAGACACUAGAGAAGGACGCCACGUAUGAAAUCGCCAAACGCUCUCACAACUGGCUCAAGCUGAAGAAGGACUACCUGGAGGGCGUGGGCGACACCGUGGACCUGUGCGUGAUCGGAGCCUACCUGGGCAAAGGCAAGAGGACGGGAACCUACGGAGGCUUCCUGCUGGCCUGCUACGACGAGGAGAAUGAGGAGUUCCAGUCCGUCUGCAAGAUCGGAACCGGCUUCAAGGAUGAAGAUCUGGAGCAGCAUUACAAGUUCUUAAAGGAGCACAUUCUUCCCAAACCUCGCGCCUACUUCCGCUUCGACCCGUCAGCAGAGCCAGACGUGUGGGUCGACGCUGUGCAGGUCUGGGAGGUGAAGUGCGCUGACCUGUCGCUGUCACCCGUCUACAAGGCCGCCAUGGGACUGGUGGAUCCCGAAAAGGGCAUCUCGCUCCGGUUCCCACGUUUCCUGCGGAUCAGAGACGACAAGAAGCCCGAGGACGCCACCUCUGGAUCUCAGAUUGCCGACUUGUACAAGAAGCAGCAGCAGAUCCAGAACCAGGGGGAGAAGGCUGAGCCGGAGGACUACUACUGAGGUCCAGGAACAUUCAGAACUGUCAUUGUAAAUAAUUUCUGCAUUGAAAUAAAACCUUUUCAAGUGUUGUGCUAAACUGUCUUCAUCGACCCGUUCAAAGGCGCUCGCUCUCCGUCUCAGCGGUUACCGCGACUAUCAAACGCUCAGCCCCGGCGCCUCGGACGCGGGAGAGAAUACCAAUCAUCUGCUCUCUCUGUUAAGAAGCGGCAGUGUUUGUGCGUAACAAGCUGACGGGCGGUCGGCGCUGAAUUCAGAUCAGCCCUAGGAAGGAGAGGCGGACAAAAGAGCAGAGCUCGGCGUGAGAUUAUGAAAAUCCACCAACUGCCCGAGUCGACUGCUGCAGACAGGCACAGAUCAGCUCGUGACAUUUGUGUGUGUUGUGUGUGUUUCAGCACUGAGGAGUCGUGUGAGAGUUUUCAUUUGCCGCUCCCUUGUUUGCCACUGGCAGACUAGAAUCCACAAGAAGCUGUUCUGAAACUAUAAUACACUGCAUUGAUGUUGUUUUCUUUUCCUGCUAUCCUUGUAUAUACUGUAUAUAUGUUUCCUUUCAUGCUUCUUUAACAUUCCUUUUUAUUCCUUUCCUACUGUUGAUCCUCGUCCUCUUCAUUACCCAGCCUUUAGUCUUGCCGUUCAUUUCUUUUCUUUAAUUCUAUGUUGUGUAUUCUUUCUAAUUGUUUUUGGGUUUUCAAAAUUUUCUUGACAAUUUGUUUUUUUUUUUUUCUAGAAAUAUUUUUUCGUUUUUUAUUUUUGUCUUUUACAUGUGGACACACUUUUUUCACAAUCAUUUUCUAUUUAUUGCUUUUAUUUUGUACGUUUUAAUAGUCUUUUCAUACUGUUUUUUUAGUUUUGUGUAAAAAGGUCUCUUUUUUUUCCUCAUUUUUUUCUCCUGCCAGUGUCGCUCAGGAUUUUAACCGGGUUUAACCAUCGAGCUGCAAGACGCACGGUGAC